AUGCGGCGCUUUCUUCCUUCCCUUCUGGCGCCUUCGGCGUCCGCGGUCGUCGGCGUGGCCUACGACGGCGGCGAGGCGUUUCUGGGGCUCCGCUACGCGCGGAGCCCGCGGCGCUUCGCGGCCGCGGAGUUGACGGAGUUGCAGGCGGACGCGGAGGCCACACGGCAGGGGCCCAGGUGUUGGAGCCCCGACGAUUUUCCCUGCGUGCCGACUCCGGGCAACUUGCCAUCGGAGGCUUGCAAGUCGCCCCAGGCCGCGGAGAUGUCGGAGGACUGCCUAUUCUUGGACAUCUACCGGCCCAGCGGGGGAUCCUGGCCCAAAGCAGUUAUGGUUUGGAUCCACGGCGGCGGCAUGACUCUGGGGGACUCAGGCGGAGGCGUGGGCAAUGGCACCAGCCUCUCCGGGCAGGACGUGAUCGUGGUGUCCAUCAACUAUCGCCUGGGCCCCCUGGGCUUUUUGCCCUUGCGGCCCUUCGGGGCCGCGACCGGCACGGGGGGCAUGAAUGGCCUGCACGACCAGAUUCAGGCGCUGCGCUGGAUCCAGCGGUACAUCGGGGCCUUCGGCGGGGACGCGAAGCGCGUGACGCUCUUCGGGUGCUCCGCCGGGAGUUUGUCCAUCUGCACGCUGGCGGUGUCGCCGCUGGCGAAAGGCCUCUUUCACCAGGCUGUGCUGCAGUCCGGGCCUUGUUUGGGGCCGUGGGGCCCUGGAACGGUGGAGGAGGGCGAAGAGGUGAGGCGGCGGUUCAUGCGCUCGGCCAACGUGAGCUCCUUGGAGGAGCUUCACGAUCUUCCGGCCUCAGCCAUGCUCUGGGGCCAGGGUCAGGACCAGUAUGACAUCGAGUUCCCGGGGUAUUGGAUCGAUGGCUGGGUGGUGUCAGAGCAUCCGCACCGGCUGUUCCAGCAGGGCCCGGUCACGCCGAGGGCUUUCCUCAUGGGGGCCAACUCCCGGGAUGGCGUGCUGGGCUCCGACUACGUGGCGUCGUCCAAGAUGCCGAUCACCACCACUGCCUACCGGCCAGACCUCUUGACGCAUUGGCGACCGGUGAACGGCACCGGGGGCGUCUUCGGGGUGAAUCGGCUGCUGCCCGCCUCUGUGGGGACCGAGGUGUUUUCUGCAUACCCCUUGGCCGACUACUUGCAUCUGGGUGGCCCGGCUGCGGCGUUCAAAGCCGCGGACGGGGAUUACCACGUGGUUUGCGCCAUGCAUCGCCUGGCCUUGCUGGCCGCAAACCAGGCCGGGAAGGUGUUUUUCUACCACUUCACCCACGGGCCGCUGCUGUCGCCCGGCUGCGACCGCCCAGAGGUGGGCAACUUCUCGCUGCCGAGGACCGGCUGGGCCAACCACGGGGCGGAGCAGGACUUCGUCUUCGGCAACCGCAACAAGAGCGCCAGCUGCCAACUGCGGCCCGAGGAGCUGCGGCUGUCGCAGAAAAUCCAGCGCUUCUGGGCCUCCUUCGCCCAGUUUGGGCGGCCUGUUUCGGAGCCGGCGGAAAGGGCGUGGGGAGCCUUCCAGCCCCACCGCGCCUUCCAGCUGGGCCUGGAAUCGCAAGAGAUCGACCUGACGAGGUGCGAAUUCUGGGAUCGGCUCACUGGGAACUAUUGGCCCAGGACCGUCCUCUUCGCCUGA